AUGUCGACCAACGGCCACGCUAUACUACAGACCAUCCAAAAUAAGGUGGCGUCGCGGACAAUACAAGUCACGGUCGUACCGAGGCCGACAAAGUUCGCAGAACGACGGGCUGUCCUGCAUUCGCUGCAGCAGUUCGCCAAAGUCGAAGUAUUCAAGAAGCUAGAUAACCAUCCUUCGUCCUUCAUUUCGGUCCUCAGCGACAAAGCGAAAGUCAAGGAACUCGUCAAGAUCAGCCCGCUACAAUACCAGCUUGCGACACCCCAAACCAACGGUUCCGUCAAGACGUUCCUGACGAGCUCGGCCUCGGCCGGUCCGUUUACCAACCCUGCAAAGCACUAUGAUGACGAGGUCGCCGCGCACACGGAGGACAGAAAGGACUUCACGGUGCACAUCUUCCCGGCUCCGACCUAUAUACACUCCGCCGCUAUCAAGGCGUCUCCUCUACAUGGCCCAUGGCCCAAGUCCCGACGCGAGACGGUCAUGUCGGCAACUCUCAAGGAGUCUAUACCCAAAAACGUCGCUGCCGAUGGGUUGUCGGACUGGGAGACGGGCGGGCAGGUCAAGGCCUCGGGUAGAGGCCAGCUGUGGGAGGAUAUCCUUCUCGGUACCAAGUCAAACGACGUCAGGAAGCGCGCAAUUAUCGAUCGUAUUCAACGGAGAGAGAAAAGCGAGAAGGCACCUGCCAUCAUGGAAGGAUUGUUCCACCUACGGCAAGAAGCGAACAAGCCAUGA